CGUCGCGACGCCUCUACGAAGCGCCUGUUUAGGGAGUCAACCCCCAACAUUGCAACGUGUUUCGUCAGAGUGGCACUACUGUUUUACGCGGAGUUUUAUUUACUAAAUUAUGUUUACACGUGACGUAAGUGAUGUUUUUGUGAUAAGUUAGGAUGCAGGAAGGAAAUAGGCCCCGAAUUCAGGGCCCCAAGCCGGCCAUCCCGAACAAACCUGCCAUAGCCUCAAAACCUAGGUUCGUGCCACCUGUUAAGGUCCAGAGGAAGCCUUCGCAGGAUGCAAAUCCUCCCAGGUAUUCGAAUGCGGUCGAGCAGAAGCCCCAAUGUAACCAAAAGGAAUUGCAAUCGAGUAGAAAAAUAGAUUAUAGAGAGCCUAAGGAGUACGUGGCCAACGUCAAGUACGACGAGUAUACGUCAAAAUGUGAUAAGUUUUCGCACUUCGAAGCCUACAAGAAGGUGGAGGAAAUGAUGCAGAAAACUCCCAACUCCCCAAGUACCGUGUGUUGCAGUAUCCUAUCAAACGCGACGACUGAUUGUUGCGGCAUCAUAAACCUAAACAAAAACAUGAUCAAAAUCGAUUCUGUCGACUCGAAUAACUCCUCGGAUAGCGGGGGGUUCAAGGAUUUCGUCCAGCUGGACGUAAACAAGGAGAAGGAGUUUCAAACGCACCAGAGAAAAAUUUCGCAGCCCGACUUCCUAGCCAACGCGAAGCUGACCGGUCACCAAAGGAAGUCCUCGCAGCCGGACUUUAUGUCGCAGGAGGUGCGGCAAUCGUUCGCGCAAAACAAGCAGCACUUCGUGGCGAACGCACAAGCUCUGGCGCACUUUUUGCCGCAAACGGAGCACAAAAUCCAGCAGCACAAGCAACAGAAGACUGAAGACGCGAAAACGAAGCCGAUAGCUGCGCACGGCCAGUUUCAGCAGUCGACGAAGAAGCUCGAGGAGCUGUUCGCCCAGAGGAUCGAGAAGGAGAAGGUGCUGCGCAGGGGGCAGCACUGCCUGGUGGAGGGGGAGAGCAGUCAGGAGGUGGAGCAGAAGAUUAUGGUGCAGAAGCAGAUACAGCAGAAGCUGCAGGCCGAUUUGAAGCAGACGGUCAAGCAGAUCCAGGAGAUUCAGAGCAUCGAACUCAGGUUGCCCCAGAACAGGAAGUGGAACGAGAGCAACAGAAGUCAACCAGCCAUUGGUUUGAAACACACUCCAAAAUCGAGGCCCACAAUUUUCGGAACCGUCGCUUCAGACCUCACACCUAAAGACUGCUCCAACAGACGAAGCUUACCGCAGACACCGCAAACUAAAAAUUUCGCCAAAAUUUUUAAUGGCGAUGCGAAUCAGGAGACCUCUGGUGACCCUGCAUCGCAACAGGACAAUGCACUUGUCUACAGGGACGGUAACUUGGUGUCCGGCCCGCUAGAAGCCCUGAUCCAGCACAUGGUGCCCACCGAUACGUAUUACCCUGACAGAACCUAUUUGUUCGCUUUCCUGCUUUCGUCGAGACUUUUUAUCAAACCGCACGAUCUUCUGGCCAAAAUUCGCGCCCUAAGCGAUUCGCAGCAAGGGCUGGGUACGUCCCUGGGCGGCGUGCAACACACCGGACAGGUCCGGUUCGCCGAAUAUUUGGUGCAGUUGCUGGCCGAGUGGACGGAAAUAUUCCCCUACGAUUUUAGGGAUGAAAGAGUGAUGCAGCACAUACGCACCAUCACGCAGCAGUGCUGCGCAGUAAACUCCAGCUUAAGGCAGAACGUGUCGUCCAUGUUGCACAACCUGCUUCAGCGGCUGAACGCUCUCGAAGCUUACGAAAAGAUGAUCGAGAAUCUGGCCAGCCAGGCCGACGAAAAUUCCACGGACAUCUCCGAUGUCUGCCCGAAUCCCGCCGUUUUGGCGCAGCAACUCACCCACGUCGAGCUUGAGAGACUUUCGUUCAUCGGUCCAGAAGAGUUUGUGCAAGCUUUUGCAAAGGAGAAUCCCCAUUUGGAAACUUCGUUCAAAGAUAUGAAGAAAACUCAUAAUUUGGAGCAGUACGUUCAAUGGUUUAAUAGACUGAGCUAUUUUGUAGCAACCCAAGUUUGUAAGUAUCAGAAAAAGAAGAUGAGGGUUCGCGUGGUGGAAUACUGGAUCGAAGUGGGAAGAGAGUGCUUCAACAUCGGCAACUUCAACAGCCUGAUGGCGAUCAUCGCGGGUUUAAACAUGUCGCCGAUAUCGCGACUAAAGAAAACCUGGAACAAGAUUCAGUCGGGUAAAUUCGCCAUUUUGGAACAUCAAAUGGACCCGAGCAGCAAUUUCAGCAGCUACAGGAGCACCCUUAAGGCGGCCAUGUGGCGAAGCGCAGGCGCAGUCGAUCAAAGACAAAGAAUUGUCAUUCCGUUCUUUAGUUUGUUGGUCAAGGAUCUCUACUUCCUUAACCAAGGUUGCUCCAACAAGUUGCCGAACGGCCACAUAAACUUCGAGAAGUUCUGGCAGCUGGCGAAACAGGUUACGGAGUUCAUGGCGUGGAAGGAGGUGACGUGUCCGUUCGAAAAAGAUCCGAAAAUCAUUUCCGUUCUGCAAAACGGCCCCAUCUUGAACGAGAACGCUUUGGCUCUCGCCAGUUUCGAGUGCGAGCCUCCGGAAAAUAACCAGGAAAAAGAGCGUUGUAAGAAUUUGAAGUCUGAAAGCAGUUCAAAUUAGUUUUCGCGCCGCCAUACGUUGGUAAUACAAUUUUAUUUUUUUAUUACUUGUUGUUACGUGUAUAUUUAUGCGUUGAGCUUUUGUUUAGUUUAGUUUGUUGUACAUAACCUAUGUAAAUUGUAUUAUAGUUUCAAAAUUAUUAUUUAGUAAUUCUUAAAGUAUUGAUUUUAUAAUUGUGAUUUUUAUAGCUUUUAGUUGUUUAAAAACAGCACAAAUUUUGAUGUACCUUAUUCAGUUUUUUUUAGUGUUCAACACUUUUAUAAUCGACACUGAUCUACACUUUUUUAUAUUAUCUAUACAAGUCCAUAUUGGAUGUUUAUUAGAAUUAUUGUGAUACGUAUUUUCUGAAAUCAAUUUAAUCAAAACUUUUUGAUAUUUUAAUGAGUAAAUUCAGAGAGAAAAUAGUUUCUGUUUUUCAUUCACAAAGUGUCUAGAUUUGUGUCCCAAACUUAAUCAACUGUAUUUGCCAUUGUUGCGUUAGUUUUAAUCAAUUAUUUUAUGCAGAUUGUCUUGCUUUUGCUAUUCAUACAUUUUAACUGUAUCAGUUUAUUAGUAGGUACUUAUUAGUGCAUACAUCUUGCAAAAUGAAAUAGCUCCUCGGUUAUUAUUGAAGCAAUACUCAAUUAGACCGGUUUUGUACCUAUUUGUAAUAUUUUAUACCUCAGUGUUUUUUACGAAUAUUUAUAACUAUGUACUUAAUAUUUUGACCAAUGUGUAACAGUAUUUAAUCUAAAUUUAUAAGUAUUUAUCACAUCAGGCAAAAAUGUCACAUUUUUACUUUUCACAGUAGUAAAAGUCCGACAUAUAACAUAUAACUAUAUGCUAAUGUAAUUUUAAUAACUGCAAUGCUUUGCCUCACUCUGCAUUAGUUUUAAAAUGAAAGAACUUAAAAAGACUUAAAUUUUAUCAGUAUUCUAGUCACUAGAUAAGUUUUGCAAACGCUAACUACAUAUUGUAUUGUAGCUAUUUAUAAAAUACUAUGUAAAAAUCAUUUGUAAUGUAUUAAAUUUGUUUUAUGUAUAAACUAUAUAACAAUCUGUGUUUUAUUUAUUUUUUC